GGAAGAAGGUGAGGUUUGACCCUUUCUUAUCCUCCUCCUUGUCCUCCUUCUCCUCCUUCUUCUUCCUUCCCUUUAUCUUCCCCCUGGUCCUUCUCUGGGGUUUUCUGUCACGUACUUGCCUCCUUGUUCUCUGCUGCCUUGAGGCUGCUUACCCCGGGAGAGAGAAGGUGCACAUGGAGAAGGGCUGGACUGAGGUGUCUCCUGAGCUAUGGGUUAGUGGGGUCCUCCUUGGCCUUGGUCACUCUUGGUGGGGCUCAUUGGGGUUGAGAGAAAGGAUGUCCUUCAUGGUAUGGUGAGAGGCUGCCCUUCAAACACACCUCAUGCCUUGAUUUUUCUUGCCCUCUGUCCCAGGUGCAGCUCCAGCCCCAGACAUGUCCUGCUACACCCCGUGCCUGCCCUGCCAGCCCUGCGGCCCGACCCCGCUGGCCAACAGCUGCAAUGAGCCCUGUGUCAGGCAGUGCCAGGACUCCACUGUGGUCAUCCAGCCCUCCCCCGUGGUGGUGACCCUGCCCGGGCCCAUCCUCAGCUCCUUCCCACAGAACACCGCCGUGGGAUCCUCCACCUCCGCUGCCGUUGGCAGCAUCCUCAGCUCUCAGGGAGUGCCCAUCAACUCCGGGGGCUUUGGCCUCUCUGGCCUGGGCAGUGGCCUCUGUGGCAGGACCUGCUUCCCCUGCUAAAGCUGCUCCCUGCUCUGGGCUCUCCCCUUGGAUCCACCUCUCUUCCCUCCCUUGACUCAUUAA